CUGAAGUGGAUGUAGGCGCUUAGAGCUGUGACGUCACUUUCUACAUUGAGCCAGUAGUAGAGGAGAGUCAGUGGAGAUAGAUAGAGGAGCGCCGUAGUAAAGUACACACCGUCAUGAACUUCUCCCUCUAAAACUUCAACCUUGUUGCUCUAGAAGUCGGAGAGAGGACGAGAUUACAUUUUUUUGUUGUUGUUCGACUAACGGAAAUUGCUCUUUAUUCGCUUUCUUUUUGCGGGGGAGUUCGGGAGGAAGGAAAAAAAACAAGAGAGAGCGGGGGAAGAAGGCAACAUUUUGGGUUUCUUUUCGGGGGGUCGACGACGAGAGCUAUGUCGUCCGCGGCGGUCGCUGCUUCUUCCAGGAGGCAGUCGUGUUAUUUAUGCGACUUGCCCCGCAUGCCUUGGGCCAUGAUCUGGGAUUUUACCGAGCCCGUCUGCAGGGGAUGUGUCAACUACGAAGGAGCAGACCGCAUUGAGUUUGUCAUCGAGACGGCCCGACAGCUUAAAAGGGCUCACGGUUUUCAGGAGGGCAGGUCUCCCGGGCCGGGGAAGUCGCAGCUCUCCGGGAAGGAGAUCCAGGCGAUCAACCACGCUGCGGGGGGAGAUCCGGGCUCCCGGCCGCCGCAGCCUCUGGACCGCUACCCUCUGUCCGACCGCCCGCCCAGGCUGGGUCCAGAGUAUCAGCCUAGAGGGCAGGCAAACGGCAUCCAGCUCCCUAAUGGAUUUCCUAAGCCUGACGAGCCACCAGAGCUGAACCGCCAGAGCCCCAACCCGCGCAGGAAUAACACGGUGCCCCCGAAUUUAGUGCCUUUGCCUAACGGGGGCUUGACCCCGGGGCAUGCCGUCAACGGCAGGAACCAGAUCGGGCUUUCCUCCACUCUGGCGGGCGGUAGUCCCGCCGACAUGGGCAAGAGACCCGCCUCGGUCUCCAGCACCGAGCACGACAGAGAGCUGAAGGAGAAGCACAGACCCGACAGUCUCACGCCGGAGAUCUCGGAGAGCCACAAAAACAGGGCAGACCCGGACUGGAUGGGCAAAGGCAAAACGGUGAGGGACCUGAUGGCUCUGCACACCACGUUCGAGACCAGGUACAAGAAGGACCAUGUGCCCAUGCCACAAAGAGCUAUGGUCUAUGAGCCCGGCCCCACUCUUUCCAAGUCAGACAGAGGAAAACAUCCCCGGGGGAGCAACAAGAGAAAAGCAUCACCUGAACCGGAGGGAGAGGCGACAGCUGCCAAGCUCAACGGAGAGGGACAGCAGUGGUUACCACCACCUACUGACGGACUGAAAAUGCCUCCAGUUCCCCCGCCAAGCUUCGCCUCUCCCCCUUCCACAAUAUCCCCUCACUCCCGCACCACCCCACCGGAGGCAGCUCAGAAUGGUCAGUCCCCCAUGGCGGCGCUCAUCAUGGCUGCAGACAACGCAGGUGGGAACAGCUCUCCCAAGGACGCCAACCAAGUCCACUCCACCACCCGGAGGAACAGCAGCAGCCCCCUGUCGCCGUCCUCCAUUAAUCAGAGGAGGCUGGCGCAGAGAGAGGCGCCGAGUGCAGGCACCCCCCAUGUGCCAGGCAUGGACCAAGUGCACCCCCCACAAAGCAUUCCGGACUCCUCUGUACCCAGCAGCAUACCUCUGUGCUGCACGCUGUGCCACGAGCGUUUGGAGGACACACACUUUGUUCAGUGCCCGUCUGUGCCCUCUCACAAGUUCUGCUUCCCAUGCUCAAGGGAAAGCAUAAAGCAGCAAGGCGCCACGGGUGAAGUGUACUGUCCAAGUGGAGAGAAAUGCCCCCUGGUUGGCUCGAACGUACCAUGGGCUUUCAUGCAAGGAGAAAUCGCCACCAUCCUUGCAGGAGAUGUCAAAGUAAAAAAGGAGAGGGACCCUUGAUUUUUUUCUUUUUUUUUGUCUGAACACUUCUUUGGGGAGGGGAAGCAAAAAAAAUAUGAGUAUAAAUAUAUAAAUAUCACAUACAUACCAUUCAAACAAACUAACGGACUUGUACAUAUUGGACCCAAGGGAAGAGUAUACUUCGUAAAACAUGGUUGUAUAAUUUUUGAUUUUUGAAUACAUUGUGUUUCUAUAUUUUUGAAGAUAAAGGUAUGUACUCAUUAUAAUGAACUACGUUCCUCUUUGUUGAUGUUUAACAAAAAAUUCUUGAUGUACUUCUAGGUCUGGUGGCAGUUCCUGUUUAACGUAGAAUGUGACUAAUGCUACUCUACGAGCACUUGGCAAAACUAAAAAUGCUUUUAGCUGUACUUGUAUGCACUUGUUUAAAAAUUGCCAAAUACAAUUUCUGAUCUUGUAUGAACA